UAACAGGAGGACUUAAUUGCCUGCUGGGGUUGGCAGAGCCUGCAGCCUGAUCCAUUCGGCAGAAAGCUCCUUGCUUCUCUCAGCUCCCCCUCUCAGAAACCUUCUGCCAAAAUGUCUGACACCGAAGAAGUGGAGCAAGUAGAGGUUCAUGAGCCAGAGAAGAAACCCAGACCAAUACCAACGUUGACUGCACCUAAGAUCCCAGAAGGCGAGAAAGUAGACUUUGAUGACAUUCAAAAGAAGAGGCAGAAUAAAGACUUGGUUGAGCUUCAAGCCUUGAUUGAUAAUCACUUUGAAAGCCGGAAAAAAGAGGAAGAAGAUAUAAUGGCUCUUAAAGAUAGAAUUGAAAAACGUAGAGCUGAGAGGUCUGAGCAGCAAAGAAUCCGAGCUGAGAAAGAAAAGGAGCGUCAGGCCAGACUUGCUGAGGAGAAGGCAAGACGAGAGGAGGAAGAUGUCAAGAGGAGGGCUGAAGAUGAUCUGAAGAAGAAGAAAGCUCUCUCCUCUAUGGGUGCCACAUACAGCAGCUAUUUGGCUAAGGCUGAUCAAAAGAGAGGAAAGAAACAAACUGCAAGGGAAAUGAAGAAGAAAGCUUUGGCAGACAGACGCAAACCUCUGAAUAUUGAUCACCUUGGUGACGACAAACUGAGGGAAAAAGCCAAAGAAUUGUGGGACUCGCUGUAUCAGCUGGAAACGGAAAAAUAUGAGUAUUUAGAAAAGAUCAAGAGACAAAGAUAUGAUAUUUUAUCACUACGUUGCAGGGUGCAGGCACUGGCCAGGUUCAGCAAGAAGGCCGGAGCCAAGGGCAAAGUUGGAGGACGCUGGAAAUAAAGAUCUGGAAGGUCCCUGCAGGAAGAUUCAUCAAUGGUGGCAUGGCCAAACAUCACUGGCUCAUCUUCCCUAUUUAGCUACCAAUUCCUCUCUCU